CUGAAGGGCAGCGGCGGCGAUGGGCGCUGCGGGCUGAUUGGUAAAGAUGGAAAGAGGGAGAGGAGGAGGAGAAGGAAGGAACCUGGGGGGCUCUGGCCUGCACAGAAACAUUUAUUCCCAGUCCCAACAGCAGUACCACUACCCGGCUUCCUCCCAGGGGAGCUGCAUGGAGAUCCAGGAGCUGGCCUCCAAGAGGGUGGACAUCCAGAAGAAGCGAUUUUAUCUGGAUGUGAAACAGAGCUCCCGCGGCCGCUUCCUGAAGAUCGCCGAGGUCUGGAUAGGAAGGGGCAGGCAGGACAACAUCAGGAAGAGCAAGCUGACCCUCUCCUUGUCUGUGGCUGCCGAGCUGAAGGACUGCCUGGGGGACUUCAUCGAGCACUACGCCCACCUGGGCCUGAAGGGCGGCCAUGGCCACCGGCACGAGCACAGCAAUGACAAGGAGCAGCAUCCCCGGAGGCGGCCGCAGCACCCGCCGCCUUCGCCCCCGGUGUCCGUGGGCUCCGAAGAGCCCCCUCACAGCGUCCUCAAAACGGAGUACAUCGAGAGGGACAACAGGAAGUACUACCUGGACCUGAAGGAGAACCAGCGCGGGCGCUUCUUGCGGAUUAGGCAGACCAUGAGCAGGGGACCUGGCAUGAUGGGUUAUUUUGGCCACAGCUUGGGACAGGAACAGACGAUCGUCCUCCCGGCGCAAGGGAUGAUCGAGUUCAGGGAUGCUUUGGUCCAGCUGAUUGAAGAAUAUGGCGAGGGGGACAUAGAGGAUCGCCGGGGGGGAGGUGACGAGCCCCCGGAGCUCCCCGAGGGCACCUCCUUCCGAGUGGACAACAAGCGCUUCUACUUCGACGUGGGAUCCAACAGGUACGGCAUCUUCCUGAAGGUAAGUGAGGUGAGGCCGCCCUACCGUAACACCAUCACAGUUCCGUACAAAGCGUGGACACGGUUCGGGGAAAAUUUUAUCAAGUACGAAGAAGAGAUGAGGAGAAUUUACAACAGCCAUAAAGAGAAAAGAAUGGAUGCCAGAGGGGACAGUGGUGAAGAGCAAGAGGGUCUGGAAUAGAGUGCAUUGGACAAUUAACCAAACAAAACAAGCAGAAAUUGGUGAGAGGGACUGACCUAUAGUAAUUCCAAGUUGCCCCAGUUUUUUGUAAAGUCCUUUUCUGGUAGUUCUUGCUAACUCCAGUACGUAAUGUUAUAGGAGUCUGGUUAUCAUGUUAAACUAUGCCCAAAACAUCUCCGUGUGUCUUAGGAAAGGACCAACCUCCCGAGUCCGUAUGAGUCAGCUGCUUCGAGUGUUGGAGACUGGAAGUACGAGUAUCAGCACAAACAAAAUCCGGCACCCUGACCUUUAAAUAGUCUAGAAAAGGCUUGUGUUGCACUUAAACACGAUACAAAAGUACCCCCACCCUGAACCUUAUGAUGAAAUGUAUCAGUUUCUGCUUAUCACGAGUUUUUCAGGACUGGCUUCUGCCCGUGCUCGGUCCAAAGGCCGAGCAGUGUCACCGUAGAGCAUUUAUGGCAAAAAUCAGCUCCACGUGAAUCGCUGGUCUGCGUGGGAGGAGGGAGAGAGGUUUUAAAGUUGGCAUCUCCUGGUUGUUGAGUUGGAAACAAUAGUCUGUUUAUGGGUAAAAUCUCGGUAACCGGUCAGACCUCGGUCACGUGCUGGUGAAGGGCAGAAGAUCUGUUCUUCAUUCUGUAGUUUUGUGCUGACCAGAUAACCUGAGUAUCCCAGGACAGCGGAGUGCUCAGCCGUCUGAAUUAAUGGCAGUGAAUAAUAACCCACUCCUCAUCUCCGUGUUCUGCCCGUUCGAGGCCGGUGAUCUUUCUUUUCAUUUUUAACACAUUUUGUCCAAAAUUUCAGAAGGUAUUUUUGUAGGCGUUCCCACAGGCGACUGUGGAGCGGGUGUUGGGAGGUGGAGGGAAUGCCGCGACCGAGGCUCCCGGCUUCCCUCCCAGAUCAAUGCGCUUGGGAUGUUACGUGUGCAAGGAGAGCAUCUGGGUGUUUUCCUCCUCCUGCCAUGAGGAAGACCUUUGGGGUGUUUGGUGCACCACUGGAUUCGUGUAGGAAGGCAUCCCUUUCGUGCUCACCCGUGGCGCGUUUCAGAAGCUGUGGUGGAUGCCCUGCUGGGUUUUCUGCCGUGUUGAUUGUGGAUGGUGCUGGGGAGACAACGUCCAUGCCCUGCCAUCACCCCCUUCCUCCCUGCUCGGAGCUGGAGCUGUCCUUGAGCAGCUCCAGUCCUGGUCGCCUGCCCCAUGGUUUCAGUGUCAUCCUGGAGUCUUUGUGAUGUAAAUUUUAAAUCUCAUGAUACUAACUCUCUGCCUGGAGGGAGAAUGUGUGCAAUUACCUGGUUGGGAGGUUGAUGAAAGAUUUUGCGUUUCUUAAAACCAUGAGUAUUUAUAACAUAAGGGGCUUGUCCAGCCUUUGGGCAACCAGCUCCUUCCCCCUGAACCAGUGGGAGUUUGACUGAGCUCCAGGUACUUCUAGUAGCGUGUUGCUCACCUUUAAGAUUGUUUUAAGCAGGCAUUACCAUGUCUGAUGAGAUAUUUGUAAUCACUCAAAUUGUGUCAUUACAGAGUGGCCUAGUGUGCACGUGGACCAGCUAUUUUUCCAUGCAACCAUGACAUGCUUUAUUUUUGAACCUUUUGAGAAACAUCUUUAUCUCCAACCAGACUGUUCACCACUCUGAAUCUGGAGCCACCUGCACACUGCUUGGCCACACUCAAUCCGAAUGCUGUUGCCUGUUAAUGUCAUAAUGAGAAAGGUUGGGGAGACAGGGUUGGGAACCAAGAGGAUAAAUCUGGACUUUAGUUUGGGUACUAAAACUAGUCAAUCUGUUUUAACUUUAAAAAAAGAAAAAAAAAAAAAAAAAAAAAAAAAAAAAAAAAAUAACAGCUUGCACCAAAGUCACCAAAGAACCUUUAGGAAAAUGUUACGGUUGUGACAAGAAGUAAGAAAAUUCAUUUCACUGUUUUAGGUGAUUCCCCCUUUAAAACCACAUAUAGCAGUUACAGCAACCAAGCCUUUGGCUUAGUGUCAAAAACUCCCAUCCCUUUCUCCAUAGGUUGCUCUUUCAGGUCCCUGUUCAAACCUGGAAGAGAAGUUUUCGCUCCAUCACUCGAACAGCCAGUGGACCGUGAUGAAUCAGCGGGAGUUGUGCAGGAUACUGGUUCAUCAUUGCUCUUAGGGCUUUGGUCCCAAUGGUUUUAACAGGUCAAUUAAAAACAACCCCACAAAAACCCACUUUAAAAGAACUCUACAUCCUGUUAUGGUGUGAAACCAGAAUUUAGUGAAUGAGUCGUCGAUGCGUACGUUAGCGUAUCGCUGACUGCUGCUGCCCGUCACAGUGCCUGAGGUAAAAAAUUCACUUCUAGUCCAACAAACCGGAGCUAUGAAUGUACAAACUUUUUACGCUCUCCUUCCCGUUUCUAUGUGGUGUUCCUCCCCUGCGAGCUCGGCAUCUCCCAUCCCUGCCCGCCUUUGCCUCAAGGGAUCGUAAAAGCUCCUCGGUUGGAAUUAGCCUGAGUGGCCACGUGUGUUGUAAGUGCUCAUGCCUUCCCUUUGUUCCUGUAGUGUUGGUGAGGAAAUUACUUGUGAUUGGAAAGGAAUGUUUUCUUCACCGUUUUAAAAGGAAAAAAGGAUGCAAAAUGGCUUUCCUUAUUGCUGCCCAUUUUUUAAAAAAACCCUUUCUCUUUUGUUAAUUAAUUGGCCUUCCAAUGCCAUUAGUUUGUUGUAAAUAUCACCCAGGAAUCCAACGACUGCUGGCUGCCGGGCCAGCCUUGGUUCUGGCACGCAUGUAUCCCGUAGGAUCUGCUAAUGCAUUUAUUCCCCUGGCACGGGAUGCACCUUAGUAUCCAAACCUGGAUCGGGAUCUUCACGUUCAUUGCCGAUCACUCAUGGAUAGACCAGUGGCUAUGGGUUUCCAUCGCAACAGAAAACACUGGUGUUCGCAGACGUUGGGUUGGAGGAUAACAGGUUUGCACGUGAUGGGAAGCAGAUGUUGGGUUGGAGGGUAGUAGGGAUGCACUCGGAGUGUAGCAAUGCAAAACUUGAACGGUGAGAUUCGGAAACGGGUUCCUUUGUAUUUUUGGCAGCGCGUCUUCAGCUUCCCAGAGCAGUGACCAUGCAGGCUGCUGGCGCCCAGAAGGGCCCAGCGAGAUGCUCGGGAACACUGAAUCCCUGAUGUGUUUUAAAUGUUCGUUCCUGACGCCCUGAAACUGCCAUGUCCCUUAAACUUGAGAAAACACAAGCUUAUUUGCACUAGAAAGAACGGCCAAAAACAAUCCUUAGGAGGACAGGGUGAAGAGCACCGGUCUGAACCUCUUUUUCUCAUGAGAGAAUUUCCUAUUCAAGUCCUCACCUCUGUUUCGAAAUUGUAUGGUCCCGGCAGAAAGUCUGUCAGUUGAAUUAUUAAAUCCUAAUGCACUUUAUAUUGUGUAAAUAAUAUUAGGAGCACAUUUCUGCUCCCGCUCCGGUAAGGGGAUGCUUUGGUAACGUAGUCUAAUGCUGAGAGAAGCCGUCUCCUGCAUGCAUGUGUCUGUUAGAGACCUGUUGAUCCUGCUUGGUCCAGCUCCGCUCGUAUGUUAGAGGAGGACAGGCUCUGUAUUGAGGAUCCUCUCAAACCACCAAGAGUGGGAUGAUAAUUUGGUUUUUUAAAUUGCAAUGUGCAGAGCUGCUGAGCAUCUUCAGCUCCGCUGUCGCAGCGGCUCCUCGCCCCUUCUGCAAACUGGGCCCCCCCGUGUUGCUGUCGAGGCUUAAAACCGAGCUUUGCGCUUAUAGCCUUGACAAAGCCAAGUCCAGCAGCUGCCUUGUACCUGGCUUUCCCUGCUGCUGCUGCAAAAGGUGGGGUGAUCCCUGAAAAGCUUAUCCCGGGUGGAAGGGGCUGCGGGGGCUUCCCCUGCCUUGCAGCUGGGGGGAUGUUGUGUUGAGUCCGGCCCAUGGAGCCGGCUUUCCUGCUAAAGUACAGAGCUAUGGAAGGGGUGGGAAGCAUUUUGCACUGGUGUGGAGAGGGCGACCCGCUGGGCGCUGCGGGGGGAUGGUGAAACCCUCCCUUGCAGGUUCCUCGCGUGGAGUCUGGAUGGACGAUGGACUUUACCCAGCGAGAAGCUGCAGUGGUUAUUGGUAUCUACUCGUUGUCGUAAGUGUUUCUUAUCUGUAUCCGAUAUAUACCAGUUCAUAUUCACGUAUAGGCAUUAAUAUAUUUAUGUGAGUAUAUUGUAGCCUGUAGUAGCUCGUAGCGAAAUAACCUUAUUUAUCUGAAGUGCAGUCUGAGGAGGGGACAUCUGCUCCCACCACCGGUCUGGAUAAAUGUUAUUCCGCCCAGAGCUGUGUGCGAGCUCUUGGCCGCAGCCCUGGUAAGAAUUCCAUAGGUUUUCGGCAAGGCUGCAAGGGAAAACGUAGUUAAAAGAAAGCAAAGCUCUUCCUUGGAGGCGUCAUUGAGGCAAGGUGAGAGCUGUAAAGAAGAGGCAGCUGCCGGCCACGUCAUGUCUCCAUGCCAUUUUACAACCCCUGGCUCUGCAAAUCUGUACUGCCAUGUUCGUAAAAUCCCAAGCAGAAAUAUUAAAAUCCUGUCCUUUAUACAAAAAGGAACCCCCAAGCAAUUACCAAAAUCAAUGUCAGCACAUUUUUUUUUUCAGCUACAGAUGUCUAGUCUGAUAAUUGCAUCAUUUUUUCCCCCCUAUGGCCUAUUGAAGUGACCUAAACUCCCAGGGAAGGGAGUUGGUGGUGGUUAGGAAGCCUUCUGCUUGCGUGACUUGCAGUCCUGUUAUCCAAUUCUAGUAAUUUCUAUAGUAGAAAGGAGUCUAUUAUUGUGUAUUUUUACUGGCCAGAUUUUGCACCAGGUCAAAAAUUACUUAAUAAGCGUUUUCAGUUCCAUGGCAUUCCCAUUUUUGCUGUACAUACACUAGAUAUAUAUGAUUUAUGAAAGAAUUCCUGAAGAAAAUUAGACCUUCUGUUUAAUUUUCUAUGCUGCUUACUCCAAAAUUAAGUUGCCCUUUAUUUUUAAUGACUUAACAUAUUGUGAUGUUUAAAAUUCACCUUUCCCUUCCUACCCUUCCAUUCCUUUCAAGUAAAGGUUGUGCUUGAAAUUAAGAGUUUAUGCAAGAAAGAGUGGAAUUAAAGGCUACACCAUAAGCUGUACCCGAGCGUGGCUGUCACCUCACAGCCUUUGUCAAAAAGUAUUGUUUGGGGUGCUCUGGUCAUGCCUAAAAAUGGCCAAAUCCUGUCAUGACCACAGGAAAAAAGCCCCGGUCAGGGGACAAGGUGCUUUUGGAUUUGGGGGAUUUGGAAAAAGCUGAAGACAGAUCUUUUGCUGUUCUGUUUCUCCAAAACCUGCAGAAGCUUUCAUGGGCUGACACCAAUUUUUCUUCCUAAUAUUUUGUCAGCCUGUGUUCAGUUCCCCACCUGCACCUCAAUAAAGGCAACAGUAUUCUAAAGCAUCGAGGUGAAGUAAAAUAUCAAGAACUCCUGAUAGAUGACAUGGAUUAAAAAUUGGUUUUCCAGAAAUGUCAAAGCAUAAAUUGAGGUUUUAUAAGCCGGAUGUCGUUUUGGCAUUUCUGUGAUGGAUGUAAUUAGAUCGCUCCUUCCCCAUGCGCAGGGAGGCAUCACGCGGAACCUGAACCUGCAGCCUCGGGGCUCUCUCAUGUACACCAGCUUCUGGAAAGGUGCAGGUGCCUGUUGGCUUCUCAUGUGUGGUGAAUGUGGUUGUGUUCCUACUGGCCUAGCCUCGAGGGGCCUGGCUGCCCCCCCAAUAAAACCGUCAUUAGCGACUUGCUAAUUCAUCUUCUUAAUUGCUAGGGUGCGUUGAAACACUUGGAGUGGCACGUGGAAAUGGCUAGCUCUGCGCAGAGUAGAAACUUAAAAAGGCACAUUCUGUCUUUCAGGGGUUUCAGACCCAUCCAACAUACCAGUAUUAAACAAGGCGGGAUAACGGCUCCUGCCUUGGAGUUGUAGGUUGGACACGCAGACAGUCGGGUGGAUUUCUUGACCGCAGUGGGGGAAAUCCAUCCUGCAGACAGGAGUUUGCGUCUGUUCUUCGUCGUGAUCAUUUGCCACGCAGAGAUUAAUUGGAGGCAAAGAUGGCCCUUGGUGGCAGCUGCUGGCAGCCGGUGAAAGCCGAGGCUCUGUGCCCAGCCCCACUCGGCACCGCGCUGGCACAACAUCUGUGAAUUCAUGUGUGGGCACAAAUGAACGCAGAGGCAAGGGAGAGAGGAAUAUUAGAGAUAUAUAUGCACGGUCAUAUUACAAAUACUCGUUUCCCCCGUUUCCAAUAGGUCCUUCUCUUUGACAUAUUAAAACGCUAUCCGUCGUCUUUCCUGUUUCCCAUAUCGGAGGUGUUCAGUGUGCAGUAGGAGCAAGAUGGGUUUCACAAGCAAUAUCAACAUACUCUACUACUAACCUUAAAUCUUUACACUAGAAAUUGCACGCAAUAGAAUCUGCAUUUCAAAACAGCACAGAGUAUGUGGGAUAAAAGACACGGGUUAACCCCAGGCUCUUACAAGUAUUCCCAUCUGGUCCUUGUUGGGAGCACAUGUUGUUGGCACAAUGCAGAGGGAGAGGGGGAGUAAGAGCAGAGAUAAGUGCUUCCCACCGAGGAAGAGGAACGAAAAGGCAGGAGGGGGCGGAGGGAAGCGAGGACAAGAUGCGUGCUCCAGGGAAUCAUAGAGCAUGAUGAUGGUUUUAUCCGUAGUAGGAGGAAUAGGCGGCACCUUCAGCACUGGAGUCCCACAGAGCUGGGGAAGGAGACACAGAUCCUAAUGCUCCACUCGGGGACCAGGGUGGUUCUUCUGGGCUGGUUCUCCUUCCUCUUUGGGAACAGUAACACGCUCUGCAAGUGUCUAAUCUUGCCAACAAACCCACCGGGGCCAAGCGUGUCCAAUGGGUGGAGUUAACUGCUUUUACAGCUCACUCUUUGAGACUCACGUGGCUUGGCUCUUGCUGAGCUGGGAGGCUUGCCCUGGAAUACCUGCAGAAGGUUAGGGGAGCACACAAGUGUUGGUGGCCUGUAAGGUUUGCUGAUGCCAUCCCAAUUUAUGGAUGCUCGCGUGUGCUUUUCACCAGAGCCUUGCUCCACACGCUGCAUUGGCUGCCUCCUGCUCCAGGAAUGAGUGACGGAGUGUUGUGUGUGAUCGAUGGGGCGGCUGCUCUUUUCCAUUGCAAAGGAAAGCUGUCGGUGAAGGCUGGAGGGGACCAGAGGGGAAAGAAAGUGGCUUUCAAGAAGAAAUCUCGUGCCUGUCUUUGCAAAGGGGUUUGUGUAUUUUCUAACAAGUCUCUGCGGAUGAUCACCACUUGUACCGCCUUUGCUUUCCUGGGCCGGGCACUCUGAGGUCUGAGGUGCAGCAGGGGUCGGUGUCAACAGCUGUCGAAAGCUGUGCUUUGAACCAGUGAAGUGCUGGAGUAAUUGCCUGGACUCUGGGAAAGCUGUCAGUGUGAGGAAGCUGGGCCUCCUGAUAAUGGAGAUGGGAUCACUUUGGCUUUAUCCUGCCUGUGCCUGUGUUCUCCACUGCUAAAAGGGGGUGGAUGACACUUCCCUACCUCAAAGGGUUGCGAGAGUUCUUGUGAUGAUCUGAUACUGAUCAAUACCGAUGAUAUCCGAAAGCGAGACGGGGAGAAAUUUGGGAUGAAAUGUAGUGUUUGGAAGGUUUGGAACCUACCUGACUCUAAACUUGAAUUUGCAAGUGCAAAGGUGCCUCUAAUGGUGUGUUUCAGGGCCAGGUACAGAGCAAAAAGCAUCCAUAUUUUUCCCAAGUUGAACAACCUGGAAAAAAUCUGCUCUUUCAAAUCUCCCAUGCUGGAUAUAUGCCCAGCUUCCCUCCCUAAGCUAUUUUGCCCUGCUUCCUCUCUGAUACUUCUCCUGCUGUCCAGUCCAUGUGUCCCUAGCUUCCAUCUAAUUCUAUAGCUUUUUGCCUUACAGGCCAUGCUCUCCAGAGGAGUUGUAAAACAAUUUGGUUUCUCCCCUGCUGCAGCUCUUACACAUAACUAAAGGCUGUUGUCAUGUCUCUUCUGCAUCCUUCCCAAAGGAAAUACAAAAUCUUCCACCAAGGGUAAUUUUUAGCCCUGCUUGUGUUCUUGUUGCUUUCUGAUGAGUCUGUUCAAACACAAAUGUAAGGAAAGCAUCAAGUGACAAUAUAAGCUCCCUGUGCCAGCAUGUUUGGAAAUACAGGCUUUCCCUUAUGUUCCUAAAUCUCCCAGGAUUGUGUGUACUCAUCAUAUGAAGAGUCACAGAAAUAUUGGCAUGAACUUUCCCUCAGUAACAUUUUUAGUGCGAGGAGAUCUGAGAGUUUUGUGUAGGUCUAACCAGGGAGAAGCUCCUCCUGUCCCACACUGUCACUACUCGACAUGCAUAUUCAUCCCAGCACCUUCCAGAAGGGCAUUUAGGCAUAUGACCAACAUGUGUCAGGCAGCUAUUUCCUCCCUCCUCUUCCUAGGGAAAAGGCUGGAUGUGCCAAUGCAGCCCUGGUAUUUUUAACGUAAAUUAAUUAUCCCUGCUGUUCCAUGUUAAAGGGUGAGCGGGAGCACGUCGUGUGCUGGCAGCAGCGGACCCCGACGGCUUUGCAGCACGAGAGCAAACCUCAGGGCUCACAGGGAGCUGAGCCCGGCGCUGGCAUUGCUCCCACCGCUUCCCUUGGCAACUGGUGUUGAACAGGAGCUGUUUUGUCUCUGGAAGUUCCCCCUGGACCUCUUGCUGUUUUGCAAAUUGUCAUUUUUACUGUGGGCAUGGAGGAGGUUGCUGUGCUGCUGCCUGGUUGGGAAGUACCUGAUGUAAAAGCAGAGUCUUUCUCUCCUCCAGGAAGCUGGCAGGGGGAAUCUAAGGCCAGAGACCUUAGGUUUUGGGAGAGAAGUGACGGAGCAGUGCUCUGGAGUAAGUGCACCUCAGUGUGCAGUCAACAGAAGUUUCUGUUUGGGUUGUCUUCACGAUAGCUGCUUUUUCUUUCCUUCUAGAUGUUUGAGCACUCCUGAGAUCUCUAUAGGGCUGCCUAGAACAGGAAUUUGUGAGGGAACUGAUCUGCCUCCAAGGACGGUCUCUCUCCUGAGACUCCAAUAAACAUGGCAAAGUGUUUGAAGAGUGGAGCAUUGUGCUGGUGGCACUUUUAAAAGAGUUUUUCCCAGGUAGAUGUCACAGCACGGAUGAGCAGAGGCUACUGACAGCCAAGGACAGAGGGCAAGGGUUUGAUCUAGUUCUUGGCAGUAGGAUUUAUCCUAGAUUCAACAACUCAGUUAAUGUGCACAUCCCUGUAGUAAGUGAUGAGGUGUUUUAAUUUCAGCAUUUUUAAUAAUCCCCCCCAUCCUGGUAAAAUUAGGGAGAGCUUUUUGGCUGAAAUGUUUACCUAUAAGCUGAGACUAGGCACCAUGUUUCACAAGGUGAACCUAACUUCUGUGCCUCUUACCUCAGAGCGUAUCCUUUAAGGCUGGCAUUUUAUUUCUUGCUCCAUCUGUUUGCAGAACAUCAAGGUCACUAAAGCAGCACAGGCAGCAACCCCUGUAGGUGUUCAUAUAGCUCAGUGCAUAGGGACAUUCUCCUCUCACUUUGCCCGCAGGGCCUGGUCCUGCUUAUGUUGUUCCUUUUCCCCGUUGGAUCACCAAGUUCAUGUCUUGUGCAUGACCUGGCUUGAGGGCCCCAAAUCUCUUUUCUUCUUAGAAGUUCAGCACCUUUUUCUUAAGCUUUUGUUAUGAAUCCCUCUGGAAAUGUUGUGCAAAGCCCGAAUGUGCCUUGGUUCCCUCCGUCCCUGUGCGUUUGCUAACUGCUGCGGCCAGUGUAGGAAAAAAGAUGUGGAGCUGGUUAUAUUUUGCCCAGAUAGUCGUUUUGCUCUGUUUUGGUGUGUUUUGGCCUUAACCAUUCCAGGGAUCCUGUUCUGCAGCUCUCACAUGCUUCUGCAGCCGUUGCAUGGGUGGUGGGGUUCUGGCAGAUGUUACCUCUAGUCUGGGGCAGAUUCUUGGGGUGAAGCUGCAGCAAAGUGAGAGUUAUUUAACCAUGCAGUCAUUCCCUCAGGGAUGGCUCCCAUGUCGAUUAGGGUUGCAUGAACCAGUUACCUGGGGCACAUUUGAUCCUGUGCUGACGGCAGACUCGCUGCUUCCUCCGAGCAGCCGGCGCGCACCAUCUCGCUUGUAGGCAAUGUCUGACAGCUUCCCCAGGGAUGAGCUUUGCUGCAUCUGCUGCAAGUGCUGCUCCGAGCUCAGGCUCUUCCUCCCCACCACAGCUCAAUGGCAUGCCUGGAUCCUUUGUUACGUGUAACCUCAAUUUGGUUUCUUUGCACGGUGCCAGGAUUUCAUUCUCCCCAGGACAUUUAAAUGGGGUGCAGAGUAAUUAGAGUCACUUUUCUCUGCAUGUGUAACAGCAAGUGCUUCCAAAUCAGUUUAGGAAUCGACCCAGGGGUUUGAUGUGGGUUAGUAAAUUCAGGCACGUGGGAUGAACAUGCCCACAGCAAAGUGAGUAUGAAGAUGUGGAGAUAAGAGCUGUGCCUCUGCCAAGCUCCUGUCUACUCUCUGACAGUCCUGUACGGACUCCGGUUGCUGCAGUGGGAGGCACCAGGACCAGGGACCACCAGAGCCUGCCCGUAGGACCUGGGUCAAAGUGGCAGCAGAGACCUGAGCUAGGCAAGGGACCGCCACCCACAGGUAUUGUGUAUCCCAUUAUAACUCAAAGGGAAGGUGUCAACAGCUUUAUCCUGGAUAUCACAGGAGCCCAACUCUUUCAUCCUUCCUUUUCCGCCUCGUGGGACUUUCGCCUCUUGCUUGGUGCAUCCACUUUGGAGAGCCUACAGACAUGUCUGUCCUGGGAUCAGCAUAUGCUGGCAUGCAGUGUGCACGUAAUCCUGCUGCAUGCCAGGCCCCUCUCCUUAGCAGCAUUUAUUGCUGAUGUCAGCACAGUCAUCCCUCAGAGCUGCCAGGGGUAACCCUUCGAGCUAACCACUGAUAAGUUCCUUCUAGCUGUCUUACUUUAAGAAAAGAAGUAUAAAAAGAAGAGGGAGGUGCUGGAGUUGCCUGAUGAACGUUUUCAUGGAUGCUGCCAGCUUUUUACUGUGGGUUACCUUGGUGAAGGCAUAUUACAGAGACUUUUCCUUUUAAAAACAGCUUAAAACUGUCUGUUUGGCAGUGUGUGUUUUGUGCUGAUACGUGUGAAACUCCAAGAAAACCCCCAAUCCAGAGCACGAGGCAGAGGUGGUGCCCACUUAACUCCUGCCUGCAGCAUCAAGCUGCAGUUUAACCUGUUGCUUUUCACACCUUUUUCCUGCUCUUAGGAGACACCUUCUAAAGCUGGGAUAACCUCCCUAAACCUCCCUCCUCAGGCUCUCCACCGAGGGAAGUUCACCCUCCUCCUCCCCACUGCAGCCCUUGAGCUGUUGCAAUAGCCCUUGAGGUGCUCUCUCGUGUUGUUAAAAACCCACACCGGCCUCUUCCUCUCAGCGAGGCUGAAGAUGCUGUGCAAAACAAAACAAGCAAGAGGCCACAGUAUGGGGAUUUUUCACUUGCCUCAGCCUAAAAACCAGCCUCCUCCAGGCUCUCAGUCUUCCAAGAGCUUCCCACCUUUCUAGCCAAGCAGUUUGUUUGCUAGAAGAAAAAUUGGUAGCUUUGUGCUAGCAAUAACUGGAGUUCUCUUUCACUAGUGGAGGCAUUUUCUCCUUUGAAUUCUGUUUGAAUGCAGAAACUAUUGUGAAAUGAGAGUGGUAAUAUCAGGAAAGGGGAAAGCAGAGUGUUCCUCGGGAUAGGGUUUGAUACAAUUUGAAGCUGCUUGUGGAAGAUUGGCUGGAAGGUAAACUGAUUUGAGCUAAAAAAGCUGGUGCUGGUAAAGUGUCUUAGUGACUCUUCAGCCGAUGGUCCAAAAUAGCUUUUUUGUGGCCUCUGAACUCUAGGAAAGAUAACUGGAUUUUUGAUCUUAGAUUGAAGGGGCAAUUUCUGCUGGAAGAAACUUGUGUUCUUUAGAAACCAUCUCAGGCUGGCAUUUACUGUCAAAAACAUUGCAUGGAAACGGACAGAAAACAAACCAAAAAUUGCACGUCUGAGUCAACCCCAGGCGAGCCUUGCAGGGCGCUCUCACUGAGCUAACCAAGCAUCCAGAAUUUGGGAUAGAUCGCCGUUGUCAUCCACCCUUCUGCCUCCAUGGCCACCAAAAUUUCCCAUAGACUCCUGUGGGGGUGUGAUUAGUCAGGAGCUCCUGUUUUUGCAGCAUCCUGGGCUUGAUCCAUUAACUGUAGAGGUGUCGUGGCCCCAAGGAAAAGCGUUCCCCUCCAACAUUCCCGUGUUGUGUCGGAGCUGCGGCACCCGUACCAGGUGGUGGUUGCUGAGGUGGGUAUUGAGUUAGAGGGGUGCGUUUCCAGAGCAGUGCUUGGUCACCAGCUGUUGUCCAGGACUCCGUGGCUUUUAGUACAGCAGUAAAGAAAAAAAAGCCUUUCUCGUUGAAUUUCAAGUCAGGGGCCUUUUUUCUGCCAAGCUACCCCCUGCCGUUUCAAAUGUAUUUUAUUCUCCUUUUCUUUCCACUGGUCCCGUUCUGCUCCGCUCAACAGCUGCUGCAUUUAAUCCCAGAAGCUGCAGUUGGUAGGGAGCAAAGUGAUCUCCAUAUAACCUCUCUCUUACUCAUAAGCGUGCAUUAUGAAGCUUAACCGAUGGUAAUAAAAUGUUUUGCUUUCAACAUGCUGUCCCUGUGGUCCAAUGUUCCUGUCUUCAGGCUCCAUCAUUACAGCGGGGCGAUGUAUCGGAGCUGUUCUGCUGCUCCCCAGGAAUGUGCCUGGGAAUGCUGGAUGUAGGCCUCAUGGAUACCCAGUGAGGAGAGACGGAGAAGGUGGAGCAGAGCCCUUUCCAUGGACGGUGGCAUCCCAGGGUACAAGCAGCUCUUGGAGGAAGAUUGCGUCUUGACAGUCCAGGAAAGAGGCGCUGGGGGUCUUGCUUGGCUGAGACCCAAGUGCAGGUUCCUGUCUCCGUAAGAUUGUCUGGCAGUGCAAUCUGGUGUGAGAGCCUCUUCAGGGACCGCGGCGCUACGUGGGGGGAGCGGGAACAGAUUGCAAUCCUGCUGCUUGGUUGGGUUUUCUUCAUCCCUUUCACAACCACUCUGCAGGUCCAUGGCUUUAUUUGGCUUUUUGUGUUUCCUGCAUACUAAAAAAGGGCAUUUUCAUGCCAUCCUGCACAAUGGAUGUUUUUGUCCAGGGGGGAAAAAGGAUGUUUCUCAUCCACGUUUAAGUAACCAUACAAAAUGUGGAAAGUCUGCUUUAGGAAUUUCAUUUUUGUUUACACACCAUUGAUGCUUUUAUUAAAAGCAUCUUUUCACAUAUAAAUAAUUUAGAGGUAAUAUGAUUUUCCUGCUCUAAACCGAAAGCAGAGAUUUCAAAGCAGGGAUCUCCAAGCAUCAUUUCUGUAUCACGGUGGGUUGCAUUAGCCCUACAGCUGUUUUUGGUUGAACAGGAUGGGGUUUUUCCAUAUUUGAGGUUUAUAGUGUUUGGUUUCAAAGAGGAAUUUCCCAGACAGAGCCCCCCAGAAGGUACCAGAAUAUAUGGCUUUGUCAGGCAACGAUAACAGCUUUUUUCUGGAGAUUGCCAUUUUGUAAAUAAGCUUCUUCUCGAGCAGCACGGCUACAGCUAUGAAAGAUGGAUGAUUAUUUCUUCCCAGAAUGGGUCUUGCGCUGCAGGAUCUGGUUUUUAUUGCAAUAAUUAGCAUAGAAUUAAAAAUGGCCCCGCAUCUCCAGUUUGCACUGUAGUGCCUCUGGUACCGAGCAGUCUGGGAUGGCGUUUUCCUUGGAAAUAGGCUGUGUCUGGGAAUCACUUGAUUCGCCGCUGAAAACCAGUGCACGGAUAUCUGCAGGCUCCGACGCAGCAAAAGCCUCCGCCUCCAGAAAGAAAUCAUUGCUCCUAAUAAACUUUAAAAUCAGUUGUUUUUUGGAGGCUGGAAAAGUUGCCGAGGAUAUUUAGGUGAAAAUCUAGCACAGCAGGCCGUACCAGGAUUUUAUAAAUGCCUUUAAAUUCCAGAGCUUGGGUUAGAGGUGAGGUCACGGGCAAGCAGACAGCUUUUUCUCCUAAAAAACCUGUAACAGCUUUUCUUUUUAAAAAUUUAACAGAGUUGCCAGUCCAGGUGGAGGCAGAAUUGUAAGGAGUGUCACACAUGGGCGAUGGUGUAUCCAUAGGACAAACUAAAGCAGCAAAAAUGCAGCACGACGUGUAAACUUCCUUGUGAGAGCUGUGCAGGAAAUUACUGUGCAAUUGGACGCGGUGUCCUAGCAUUAGAUUUAUUAUCCGCUUCCAAAUCAUCUGCCAAAAAUCCUUUCAAUCGGAAGACAGGAAAGAACAUGUUAUAAAAAGACGUGGAAAAGGAGUCUUUUUGGCACGGGAGUUUUCAGGCUGGUAACUGUCCAUGCCUACAAUGUUUGGAUUUGGUCUCAACAUUGAGGUCAAUGCUACUUAAACCUAAUGGGAUCCCAGUGCCUGCAUAUGGCACGUGGUGAGAUGUGCCAGUCUUGGAAGGUCAGGCUUGAAUACAGUCCUGGAAGAUGCUUCUUUGCCCUAUCUAUUGCUCAACGAUUGCUUUUAAUCCCGCAAGCCUCCAGCGUCACUUAGGGAAAGCGAUGAUGUGCAAGCUGGCACACUUUCCCCCCACGAUGGACUUGUUCCUUGCUGCUGGGUGGCAGGAUCGUGGCCACAUCCACGUGCUUGUGUACAUUCCCCAGACCUUGCUGCUUUGGCAGCAAGGCUGUAUAUAUCAUUCCAGAAGUUUCCUGUCUGGAUGGUGGACUAGAUGGUCACGUUUCCCCACUGUGCACCUCGUUGCCCUCCUCACUGCGGGGCACUGCCAAUCUCACACUGCACUUCUCCAGCUCCCACAUCUUUUCCAGGCUCCUUUCUUCCCAGCUGUAUGCCUGCAAAGAUGGAUCUACAUCCAUAUCCCCUGUAUGCACGACCUUGCUUUUUGCGUGUUAAAUCCGGCUCUUUCUGGCAGGAAUGGAAAUAAGUGACCUGAGUUUGUAGCUCUGUUUUUACCCCUGGGAUAGUAGUGUUCUCUUCUUCUGGAAAACCAUCUCCCUAGUGCUUGGUCUCUGAUGAGGAACAUGUCUGCAGCUGUACCUGCAACAUCCCCAACAUAUCCUGUCAGCUCCAGCAAGUCAAUACUUUUGACUUAAAAAGAGCUUUCUACAUAAAAAAGAUCUACACCCGCUGUGGACACACCAGAUGUUGCACAGCCAGAUGGUGCCUUGUACAACGCUUGGGAGAGUUGGUGGCAAUGCAUGCAGGGCCCAGGGAGCCACUUUGCUGUUCCGUGACCUUUUUUUGGGGUGCCUGCUGAAACAUAGUGAGAACUGAAGGUUCUGCUUUCCCCCUUUCUCAUUUGGUACUUUUGUUUUGGGAGAAAACACCCUAUUUUUGCAAGUGCUGAGCUCCUGAGGUAAGGGGGUGGGAGGGCACUGCUGGAGCAUGUCCCAGCUUACAGGGAAACACUUCCAGCCUAGGGUGAGGACUGGGACCAGCACAGUCAUAGCAGGGGGGUUUCCUGCGCUCUUGUUUCCAGCAAGCGGAGCCAUUGCUUUUCUAGCACAGGUGUAAAGGUAGGGCUGGGUGAUGGGGCAGUUGGUGGGAAGUGUGUGUUUACAGAAAGAAACGGGAGCGCCUGUCAUCUGUUGGGAUGAAUCGUCCUUUCCCAGCUUCUUUCCAGGAGCGUGCUGAUCCAAAGUCCUUCGCUGGGGCUUUUUUCUUCAUGAGAAUGUUAAUAAGAUCAGUGUUUACCAGACCGCCUUCGUCGUCUCGUCCUUGCAUACAUUGUCCUUUGACUGGUAGGGUGGUUAAGAGAAACAAGCCAGCUGAAUGCAUGGUCAGAAAGCUACAAUUAACGAAGCAGACCACAAAUAAAUAGGGAAAUAGGCUAAGCUGUAAGAUAGCGUGUAAGAGGAGGCAGUCUGCCUCUGUAAAGUGCAUGAGAAGCAUUGGCCAAGCUUGUUGCAGGCACUGGGCAAGGCUGCUUUCGCUAGACUUUGAGUAUCCUAGUUGCAAAGACUUGUCAGUGUUCCAAAAGGCUCUUGGUUUUGGAGUGGGUCGUCUUUUGUUUUCCAUGCGCUGUGACCACUUGCUUCCCGAACGGGUUCGUAGUGAUGGAGUUAAUGGAGCUGUUCUUUAUAGUAACCUGAAAGGUGUCAGUCGUUUGCUCGUGUGUGUUCACAAGCUGAGCCGUGGCGUUGCGCGUCCCUCCGCAGUGGUGUGAUUUGAAGCACUCCUGGUGUGGCAUGUGCAGUUGCAGUGCUGUCUGUUUUUAAUUUCCCCCCGGGCUACCCUCCCCGUGUUCCCCCCGUGUUUCAGACACUGAACCAAACUGAUGUUGGGACUAGCACUUUAAGUACUAGUAGUCACUUUGCUUCGGACUAAACUGAGCACUGCACUUUUGUACGUACUGUUAGCACUGAGUUUUGAACUCUCUUCUUUUCCCCAUCUAUUUACCCUCCUAGGUGCAGUGUGAAUUACGUAGGGGCCGUCAGAAGAAAAUUUUGAGGUGUGUUGGACCACUGUCUGGUGCCUGAUUUCCAUUACAUAUCCAUUAGCGACUUGAUAGUAGGGAAUUUAACCCAUCCAAGCUUAUUUUACACGGCAGAACCAACACCCAAAUCACUGACAUCCAGGCAGACGUGGUUGUUGUAAACUUCGAGGUCGCCCGGAGACCCGAGCACAUGGCUUUUAAAAACACCAAAGAUACAGGAGAAGUCUCAGAAGGGAUCGGGAUGGUGCAAGAUCAUCUCCUCGACACCUGGAACUGAGUGCAGUGAGAGGCGUAGGGCAGACACUCUUGUGUCUGGUGCGAGACCCCAGUGAGUCCAUGGGACAGCCCAGUUCAAACCAGUCUGAGAUCCUGGUACCAAUAAAGGCUGCGCUCAAGCCACUGCAAUAAAAGCCAUCAUUGUGCCUGCACUGGAAGUGCUGUUGGGAUUGGUCGUGGGCUUCAACUGCAAAAGGUAUUUUUAAGUAAAUAAAGAUUUACAGACGAUUUAGAAGAUGGAGCAUAAUAACCCUGGGGUUUGCUGCUGAAUUUCAAAAGCGUUGUCAGGAGUUGAUCAGCUCUCGUGCUCAGAGGCAGUUCAGAUGUGCUUGCUAUUCCUGUUAAAUUCCUGUGGUAUUUCCGUAUGGAAGGCCAGGGAUCAGAGCACCCUCGCCAGCAAGAAAGCAGCAGGGUAGAGUUAGUAGGAAACAUAGUCAGAAAUCUCUAGGAUUCGAAAUAGGAUGGUGAUCCCUGGGAUGCUUAAUAAUCUGGGUUUUGAUGUCCCAAACCACCCACUCUCAACCAGAUGGUGGUGUUGUGCUUCUUUAAAAGCCCUUGUGGGUUUUCCACAGCAGCAAAUAAAUCAUGGUGGGCGUGAGAGCCCCGUGUUUCCUUCACGCCGGGGUAUCCGCACUUGGGACUGCUGCUCAUCAUCCUUGAUGAGCCCAUAGUCAAUCCAAAUCUUUCUCUGGCAAUCCUCCGUGAUGGGAGUUUCUCCCCAGUCAUGCUUGAUGGAUAAACCCUGCCAGUACGGCGUGAUCAGUGUGAAUGCAGAGAAGGGAAUUAGGUCUUCUCCUUCACUGCUAGCAAGGGGCCAUCAUGGAAAUAACCUUCAGCAACAAAAAGAAAUGGGUGUACUGGGUUUCCUUGUUGCAGCAGAUGGAGGAGUUUUCCUAAACAACUCCAGUUUUAGUUGCUGGUUUUCUUGGCUUCCUUCUUCAACAGACCUUCAGGGGCUUGAAUAUUCAGUGGGUACUGAAGAUGGUUAAAACCCCCAAAUCUUGAGUAACCCCAAGUAUUAUGCUUUUACACCCUCUAUCACCGGAUGUUAAAAUAUAAAUAGAAUCCACAUUUUGGGUUGGUUUGGUUUCUUCUCUUCCUGCCCCCCCCAAGUUAUCCUGCAAGUUUAGCUUUAAAGAAAUAGCACCGGGCGAUGCUGCUGCUCUAUCUGAGCCCCCAAAAUUAUAAUGGCUGAGGAAACAGCCUCUUCAGAAAGUAGCUCGGUGACUCAGAGCCCACAUCCUGCUCACUGUCACCAGGAUAAGGGCAAACCAUUUGGAAAAUCUCCCCCCCAGCGAGCCCACCAGUCUCACUGAGUCCAUGGAAAUUAAGCUUGGGAGAAAGGGGAAUGUGGAACAGGUCUUUUGGUCUUAUUUUCCCCCUCAGGUGUAGUUUUUUGCCCCUUGGAGAUGGCAUCUCAUCCUUUGGGAAGGUAGAAUUAAGCGUUUUCUCCUGGCCAUCACACUUGAGGCCUGAAUGCAACUCCUAGCACAGUACCCCUGGCUUUGGAAGGGCCUUCUGGGUGGAAAACAAGGAUUUUUAGUUGUUUGGGUUUUCAGAUAGCUCAUGGAAAGCGCAUCGUAACAGCACACAGGCGAUGUUUUACCAACCUUUUCUGUUCCUCCAAGAGAGACUUUUUAAUUUGCUUCAGCAGUUUAGAGUUCGUUUCCUUGAAAGUCUUUUUGGACUCAUGAAAAUGCCCUUGAAAUGAGUUGAGUUUAUCGAAACAAAAUUGUGCACACACCCAUGCACGCGUGUUCGUGCUUGUCUCCCUGGGUGUGUACACACAUUGAGAAAUAUAUUAUUUCCUGAAACAUUCCUUUUUUAAUUUUUUCUUUUUUUGGGGUUGGUUUGGGUUUUUUUGGGUUUGUUUCCCCCUGCCCCCCAGGAUAUUAACCAAAAGGUGUUUUAAAGUCACGGCAUGAAAACUCCUAAAUGUAAAUCUGAGUACCUUGUGAUGCUAAUUAACAGGUUUUUCCUGAAACUUUAUGUGAUGCUUAAUAUUUUCCUUAGGAAGUUUUGUUUAAUGUUAGAUCAUUGUUCUGGAGGAUGUUGGUCCUACUGGCAUUAAACUAAUGGAAAUAAAAUGCAUGUGUUACAAGUGUAGAAACGGUGAAGAAUUAAGUGUGAACUUACUGUACGAUACUGAUUCUGUUUUCAAACAAUCUGUUUUGCUGUUCAAUAGUUGACAUAUGGAAAUGCCAAUGUACUGUAAUUUAGCACUUUUCCAAUGGACCCUGUUCUCACUACGCCUGAGGGAAGAAGCAGGUUUGGCUCGAGGCCGUCUGAACGCAGCCUCUGAACCCUUUUCUCCAUGUUUCAGCACCAGAAUCGGCCAGGUGGAACUUAAAUUGGAUGUUUUCUCAUCGGUUCGGUGGCUGGCACGGGGCAGAGCAGGGUGGCUCUCCCAUCCCCAUGGCCAAACCAGGACGAUUUUGCAACUUGGUCUGGUGAAAGGUGUCCCUGCCCAUGGCAGGGAGGGUGGAAUUAGAUGAUCUGUAAGGUCCCUUCCAUUCUGGGAUUCUAGGAUUCUGUGAUUUGGGUGCAGCCCUCGCUGUGGGUGGAUGGACUGGUGGCAUUGCUCUCCACCAGUGCAUCCCCCCAGGAGCCAGGCUGGGGUCGGGCUGUCUGAGCUGGGGUGGGAAAACAGCUGAAGCAAUCCACAGUCCCUAAAAUCCAGUGGCAGGAAGGGAUAGCCCACCAGCCACCCCUCUCCAGCCCAAGCCCUCCUUUCCUAGUGCUAACAGGGUGCAAAGUGUUACUUGUCAUGUACUGUACUGAAAGGGUUAAUUGAUCAGUGACUGUAUUGUACUGUAUGAAAACUCAUGAAUUGCCUUGUAUUGUUUCUAAUGGACUGUUCCAUGUCUCCCCACUGCCCAUUUCCACGGCAUCCCCACGUUUCCCAAAGGACGCAUGUGCUCAGUUAGGUCCUCCAAACUCUCUGGUGCUAACUCCUCCAUAUCCCAUGGUGCUUCUGCGGACGCUAACUGACCACAUGCCUGUCCAGAGCUUGAAGUUCACCACGUCUUUCUUGUCUGUUUGUAUGAAGUCUCACACACACACACACAUACGAGAAAAAUUAAGGAUAAACUUGAAUUUGUUUCAAAGCCUCAUUGACAAUCUAAUGUUUUCUAUGUCUGCUUUUAUUUUGGGAUGGUUUUUCUGGAAAGCAGCCCGCCAGCACCUUCACUCUGGGAGGGGAUUUCGUCCUGUUCACUCCUCUGGCAUCCGAGGUGAGCUGCUCCCUCGCUGGCUUUUCAGCUCAGCCACGGGAGGUUGAUCCAUCAGGAGCCACUGAGGAAGAGGAGGUGCAGGUGCCUUCAAAGAUGCCCAACCCUAAAAAGCAACCAGGAGCCCCGUGACUGCAUGAUCCAAACAUAGGGGGGUGGGCACUGAGGGUCUUGGAGGGGAUGAACCCGCCCCUUGCUUAGUGGCAAAAAUUGGCUUUUAAGGAGAAUCGAGGUAGAAAUCUAGAGUCCCAAAGGCGCCUCCAUCUCCUCCCAGCAUCGCUCAUCUCCGCUGGCAGAGGAGCCACCUCCUGAGCCUGAGGUUUUCCAGGUGACACACAUUUCAGAUGGCAUGAACAGGGCCAUCCCCUCCAACCCCCCCAUCCCGAUGCGAGCUGCUUUUUGGACAAAAUGAAAUCUGACUAUAUUUUAUAUCGAUUUGAAAACAAAGUCUGAUAUUUACCCCUGUUCUCAACUGAAUUUGCAUAUUGUUGUUUGCCACGAUAUUUGUUCUGUCUUCAAAUAAAUUUGCUUACUUGUGUAGUCUUAA